UACUGAGUAUUCUUUGGUCCCGACAUAUAUUCAAAAAGAUAACACUUUUUUAGACAAAAAAUGAAAAUAUUUAAUUUGACAAAUGAAGUACUCCGUAUAUGUUAAAUUUUUUAUUUCAAACACAAACAUUUGUUUAUUUUUUAAAACUUUUUUAAAAGCGUAGUGGUUAGUUCGUUCCAACAAUAAUAAUCAUUGCAAUUACCGUUAUUUGGCAUCUUGGCGGGGGAGAAAAUGGACGGAGGUUCUGCUCAGCCGCCGGCGGACACCGUGAUGUCGGAGGCUGCACCGCAUCAGCAGCAGCCGCAGUCUAGCCACCCACCGCCGCCGCCGCCGCCUCCGUCACAGACGAUGGGGAUGGACAGUAUUCCGGCGACGCUUAGCCAUGGCGGCAGAUUCAUCCAAUACAACAUCUUCGGCAACGUCUUCGAGAUCACCGCGAAGUACAAGCCCCCCAUCAUGCCUAUUGGCAAAGGCGCCUACGGUAUUGUCUGCUCUGCUUUGAAUUCGGAAACGAACGAGCACGUGGCACUGAAGAAGAUCGCCAAUGCGUUUGAUAACAGAAUUGAUGCCAAGAGGACUCUGCGUGAGAUCAAGCUGCUUCGCCAUAUGGAUCAUGAAAAUAUUGUUGGAAUAAGAGAUAUAAUUCCACCACCUCAAAGAGAAUCAUUCAAUGAUGUAUAUAUUGCAUAUGAGCUAAUGGACACUGAUCUCCAUCAAAUUAUUCGCUCCAAUCAGACCUUGUCAGAAGAACAUUGUCAGUAUUUCUUGUAUCAAAUUCUCCGUGGGUUGAAAUAUAUACACUCAGCAAAUGUUUUGCAUAGGGACUUGAAGCCAAGCAAUCUCCUCUUAAAUGCCAAUUGUGAUCUGAAGAUAUGUGAUUUUGGGUUAGCCCGUGUCACUUCUGAAACAGAUUUUAUGACCGAAUAUGUAGUAACAAGAUGGUAUCGGGCACCUGAGCUGUUGUUAAAUUCUUCAGACUAUACUGCAGCAAUUGAUGUAUGGUCAGUGGGCUGCAUCUUCAUGGAACUUAUGGAUCGGAAACCCUUAUUUCCUGGCAGAGAUCAUGUGCACCAGUUACGUCUUCUUAUGGAGCUUAUUGGUACUCCUUCGGAAGCUGAAAUGGAGUUCUUGAAUGACAAUGCAAAGAGAUAUAUCCGUCAACUUCCUCUUUACCGCCGCCAGUCAUUCACUGAAAAAUUCCCCCAAGUGCACCCAGCUGCUAUUGAUCUUGUUGAGAAAAUGUUGACAUUUGAUCCUAGAAAAAGACUUACAGUGGAAGAUGCCCUUGCACACCCCUACCUAACGUCACUUCAUGACAUCAGUGACGAACCGACAUGCAUGAAUCCGUUCAGCUUCGACUUUGAGCAGCACGCGCUCACGGAGGAACAAAUGAAGGAGCUGAUUUACCUCGAGGCUCUUGCAUUUAAUCCAGAAUACCAGUUCAUUUGAUGUGAAGAAGAGCCAUUGAUUGUAAAAUGUUGUAUGUGCCAUUAUCACCUUCUUCUUUUUCCAUCCAUCUCAUAAUUGUUCUCGUAUAACGCCCAAAAAUGGGUCCGAUUUUCAAACAUUUCGCCUAUCGGAGAAUUUGGGUCUUAAAAAGUCUGUUGCUUUGUGAAUGAGUGAUGCUUGUAGCCUAUAAUAUACAUAUGUAUCAUAUAUUGUUAAACUCGUGUUUGGAUUAGAUCUCAGGUCCACUAGUGGGUUUGCAUUGAUGUUUUCAAUCUUCACACUUGCUUGUGUUUCUGCUUCUCGUGAUUCCCAAAACGCCAUUACAUUAAAUUUUAUUGUUUUCU